AUGUCUCUUCACGCUUUCAGUAACGCCGUCGCCGCAAACGCCCGCCGGUUGAGCGAGCUGCUCCGUCAACCGUACGACAUGUACAAGGGCGGCUUCGUGGACCAGUACACCAUGGGCCUCAUCAACCAGCUCGCGCAGGCCAUGGACGACGCCGUCACGCAGGAGGUCACGAACCACCUGUUCCAAAUGCCCGAGCACCGGUUCGGAAUGGAUCUAGCGGCGAUCAACAUGCAGCGAGGCCGCGAGCACGGCCUGCCCAGCUACAACGGCUUCCGCGAGUUCUGCGGCCUGCCGCGCGUCACCGACUUCUUCGAGCUGAAUACCGUCAUGAGCAACAACACGGCCUCCGCCUACAGCGACGUUUACGGGCACCCGGACGACAUGGACCUCUGGUCUGGCGUCGUCUCCGAGAAGCCGCUGGAUGGCUCCAUGGUCGGCCCCACGCUGGCCUGCCUCAUCGCCGAGCAGCAGUUCCGCGUGCUGAAGGAGGGCGACCGCUUCUGGUUUGAGAACCAGGGCUUGCCCAGCUCCUUCACGCCGGAACAAAUUGACGCAAUUCAUCAGGUGAAGCUGAGUAACAUCAUCUGCGACAACUCGGACGGCAUCGAGAAGCUGCAGGUGUACCUGAUGGUGCUCCCCGACCCCAAGAUUAACCCGGUGGUCUCGUGCGCCACCCUGCCGCGGCUGGACCUCUCGCUCUGGAGGGACGUAGCCGGCGCCGGCGUGCACCAGCGGAAGUAGACCGGCCAGGGCGGCGGCCGUCGCGGCAGGCCCCCCGGCAAGACCGUAGGAGUCGCGGGUCACGCGCUGCCGCUGCCGGCAGGCCGGAGCGGUGCGUUCUCACGCGACGGGCCCGGCUGUGCCGAUCUAGCUGUUGGGGUCGACCCGAGCGAGGCUCAGUUCUGGAGGAGGCACGAGUGAUCGU